UUCUUAUUGACAUAAAAUGUAAUUGUAAAUUACUCAGCAAUUUUAAAAUAAAUUUGUCAUUGAAUCAAAUGAUCGAUUGCGGCAUUAAAUCGUUACAACGAUAAGUAUUGGUCAUUUCAUUUUCGCAAAAUUACUUUAGUUCAUUUUAAACAUCUAGCUUAUCGUAGUAUAUUAGCUCAAUUUAAACUAAUGAAUAUGGGAAUUGCAAGAUUUAAAACUUCCAAACAAUGCCGGUACAAGCAAAUCCCAGCCAAUCCAAUACGAUUAAUAUUUGAAAUAUUGUUGUGCAUUUUACUUAUAAUACCGGCUGUUGUAUGGGCAACAAUAAAAUUAUUUUAUAAAUCUCCACGAAAAAACAUCAGAGGACAGGUUGUUUUGGUUACCGGGGCCGCACGAGGACUGGGCCGGGAGCUUUGCCUAAGGUUCCACUCGCUGGGCGCCAAAGUUGCUUGCGUUGACAUCGACGGCGAAGGAUGCGCCGAGACGGCAAAGGCGAUCAACCGAAAAGGCGGGGCUGCAAAGGGUUACAAAGUCGACGUGACCGACCGGCUGCAAAUCAAAGCUAUGCACGAGACCGUUAUGAAAGAACUAGGCCCCGUGGACAUAGUGGUGAACAACGCGGGCAUUGUAUUGGCCCACAUGUACGUCAAUCCCGAAUCCGAUCAGCUUAUCGAGGACCUGAUCAACGUCAAUAUCCUUGGACAAAUUUGGAUCAAUAGAGAAUUACUGCCCUCGAUGUUGAAAAGAAAUCACGGACAAAUUGUCGCUAUAUCGUCUAUGUCAUCGAUGAGUGGAUUGUCUGGAAUAUCAACUUAUACAGCCACCAAAUGGGCAACAAAUGGUAUGAUGGAGAGUUUGCAUAAUGAACUAAGAGAAUUGAAAUCGGCCGUCGUGUCGACAACGGUCUGCCCGUAUUUUAUAGAGACUAAUCCAGAAAUAUCUAAACAUUUAGAGCUCAGAUUACCAGAAAUGCCCACAUCUUUUGUUGGCGAAAUCGUCAUGAAUGGUAUACUAGAAAAUCGAAGAAUUUUUUCAGUUCCCAAUCACUUUAUAUUGCCCGUUAAACUUGUAAGAACACUACCCGAUAACUUACAGUGGUUAAUCAACAGAAUAUUUUAUGUGAAUAUCAUUGGCUUCCCAAAAGAUGUAGAAUUGAUGAACAGAUAUCGGCAAUAAAAAUGUAAAAAUGUUGAAGAAAACUGAUAGAUAAUAAUAAAUAUAUUUGUGUUAUAUGUGGUGAGAAAAACAUUCAACAUUCAACAAAAAAGACAUUUUUCACAAAAUAAAGAUACCAUUAAAGGAACAGAGAGUAUUUACGGGAGUAAUAUGGAGGAGAUGGAUCCAAAGAUCCUCGUUUGACCUUUUUUUUCAUAAUUUUUGUACCAUAUACGUAAGUCGUAGGUACCUAUUAUUUGAAACAACAUUAUAUUUAUAAUACUAAAUGGAUUGACCUUUAAAGACGCCUCUAUAGAACAUAUAAUAUUAUUCUUGAAACUUGUUUUGAAUUCUAUUAUAUUAAGUUUAUAUUUUUUACCAUAUAAGGCUUAUUAUUUAAAUUUAUAUUAAUUAUGUAAAUGAAUAUUUUUUUCAAAACAAUAAUAAAAUAUAUUAUUAUCA